UAAAUAGCCGUAGACCGGAUUCCAUGCGGUAUUCUUCCGGUUCUCUCUUUAUAUUAAUCAUCCCGGCCUUUGUUCCCACGCAAUCUCUCUCUCCCUCAAACACCAAAAACCAACUUCCUUGGCACACAGAGACGCUCGAGACCGGCAAAAUGCGGCCAGCACCGGAAUCAUCAGCCACCUCCCCGCCGGCGCCCCGAACUCCCCGCCACCUCGUGCCGCCGCAGCCCUUGCCGGCCACGACGUGCGACCUCCCCAGCUGCCGAUGGCACCCCUACUCCGCCUCGGGCGACUUCGAGGCCAACGCCGCCAUGAUCCUCAUCGUCCUCCUCUGCGGCCUCAUCUGCGCCCUCGCCCUCAACACCGCCAUCCGCUGCUUCCUCGGCGGCCAUGGCCGUGGCCGGCCAGCUGCAGCCCACCGUCGCCGGCCCCAGCAGGGGCAGGAGGAGGAGGAGGAGGAGGAGGAACAGCAGCCCGAGCCCAAGCUCGGGGACUCCGACCUGAUGGCGGCCCCGGCGGUGACCUACGCGCCGGGCGUGACGAAGCUGGCGGGGACGGAGGCGGAGUGUGCGAUCUGCCUCACGGAGUUCGACGAGGGGGACGGGAUUAGAGUCCUGGCGACGUGCAGCCACGGGUUCCAUGUGGAGUGCAUCGAGAGGUGGCUGCGCUCGCACAAGUCGUGCCCGACCUGCCGGAGCAGCUUGGUCGUGGACCGCCCCGGGAGCUCCGAGUCCGAGGGCGCCGACCAUUGCCGGGAGAGUGCCGAUCGGAGGGCGGGUUCCGCCGGCGAGAGCCUGUCCGGAGGAGCCGCGAGCGUAUGAAACUUUACUGGGAAAAGGCUCUGAUCUGGCCAAUUUUCUGAGUUUAAAUCCGCCUAAUCGAUGUAAAUAUUGUUGAGUUACUCCAUGAAUUGAAAUUAGAGAAGUUCCUCAGUAAUUCUGCAGCAA